CAUUCAUUUUUCUUGAUUUCUAGUGUUUAUAAGUGGUACACGUAUUUAUUUGUUUGAUCAUGUAUAUGAUAUCGAAAGCAAGUUAUCAAAAAUUUUUGGGAUGUUUUAUAUAUUUACGUCACUCAAUUUUUGUGAGCAAAUCGAGAUAAUAAACAUGAUCACAAGGUUGACAAUGUUUUUCAAUUUAAACAAAUAUUUUGUAUCCACGUUUAUAUAGAAAUAUUUUUAUAGACCUGCCAGAAAUAUUGGCAGUAUGUUAGUAUUUGGAUUUGUAUAUAGAGAGUCGAAUAAGCUAAGAACCGUUAUUGUUAUUAUGAAAUUUAUUGUUUAUUUAUUUUAAUUAUGCGUUAAACGGGUUUAACAAUUAUUAUUAUUUUUUUAUUUGGAGAAAGCUUUAACGAGUUAUUUUAAGGAACUAAUUUGGUUUUUAUAUCUCCAUCCGUUAGCUUAAAGGAGUCAUUAUACACUUUUUUUUUUUUUUUUAAAUUUUUUUUUGAAUAAAGUCACACAAAGUGCAUGUAAAAACUAACCCCAUCCAUAAUAUUUCAAAGAAUAAUAAAAAAUCCUGAGAAAAGCAGAGAAAUCGAUGAUAAGAUAGCACGUUCCCGAUAAGAAGGAUACAUACCACCAAAACCGGCCAGUGAUAUUUUGGUCUUGGAGUCAAAGUUCAGCGAGCAACGACGCGGUGGAGCAACAAAGACGCCCAGAAAUUCUACUGUGGGGCCGUUGAAGGAACGAUGAGUGAUAUCCAUCGGCCGACCGAUUUGGAGGCUGGGAGCGGCCGCUUAAGGGAGCCAGAAGAGGACGAGUCGUCCUCAAGCCCUUUCGAUAUCCCAAAUCCCAAGUAUGCUUCCGUAGAGCGCCUCAAGCGGUGGAGGCAAGCGGCUCUUGUUUUAAAUGCUUCUCGUCGAUUCCGGUACACCUUAGAUCUGAAAAAGGAAGAAGAGAAGAAGCAAACUCUAGGGAAGAUCAGAGCACAUGCGCAAGCUAUAAGAGCUGCAUAUCUUUUUAAAGAAGCUGGAGAUCAAGUGAAUGGAGCUGCAAAACCACCUCCUACCCCCAGUGGUGAUUUGGGAAUUGGACAAGACCAGCUUGCUUCAAUUACGAGGGAUCAUGAUUUUCAUACUCUACAGCAAUAUGGGGGGGUUAAAGGGAUAGCGGAUUUAUUAAAAGCAAACUUAGAGAAGGGAAUUAAUGGAGGUGAUGACGACUUACUUAAGCGGAGAAAUGCAUUUGGAUCAAACACAUAUCCACGAAAAAAAGGGAGGAGUUUUUGGAUGUUUCUUUGGGAAGCUUGGCAAGAUCUUACUUUGAUAAUUUUAAUGAUAGCUGCAGUGGCAUCUUUGGCUUUGGGUAUAAAGACGGAGGGCAUAAAGGAGGGAUGGUACGAUGGUGGGAGCAUUGCUUUUGCAGUUAUUCUUGUCAUUGUUGUUACAGCCAUUAGUGAUUACAGACAAUCUCUUCAGUUUCAAAAUUUAAAUGAUGAGAAGAGAAAUAUACGUUUGGAGGUCAUUAGAGGUGGUAGAACAGUUGAGGUUUCGAUUUAUGAUAUUGUUGUGGGUGAUGUCAUACCCCUUAAUAUUGGUGAUCAGGUUCCUGCUGAUGGCAUCCUAAUCUCUGGUCACUCACUUGCAAUUGAUGAAUCCAGCAUGACUGGAGAGAGCAAGAUUGUUCACAAGGAUUCCAGGGAACCAUUUCUUAUGUCAGGAUGUAAAGUUGCAGAUGGUCGAGGCACAAUGCUGGCAACCAGUGUUGGGAUUAAUACUGAGUGGGGAUUGCUUAUGGCUAGUAUAUCAGAAGAUAAUGGCGAAGAAACACCUUUGCAGGUUCGCUUAAAUGGGGUUGCAACUUUCAUCGGAAUUGUUGGGCUUGGAGUAGCUUUCCUUGUCUUAAUUGUCCUUUUGGUUAGAUACUUCACUGGCCAUACAAGAGAUCCAGAUGGAACUAGGCAGUUCGUUGCAGGCCAGACCAAAGUUGGCGAUGCGGUAGAUGGAGCCAUUAAAAUCGUUACUGUUGCUGUUACCAUAGUAGUAGUUGCAGUGCCUGAAGGGCUCCCAUUGGCUGUUACCUUAACCCUUGCCUACUCGAUGAGAAAAAUGAUGGUAGAUAGGGCAUUGGUGCGGAGGCUUUCUGCUUGUGAGACAAUGGGUUCUGCUACCACCAUUUGCAGUGAUAAGACUGGAACCUUAACUUUAAAUCAGAUGAAUGUUGUUGAGGCCUAUGCCGGUGGGGAAAAACUUGAACCUGCUGACAACAAGUCGCAGUUGUCUCCAAAACUAGCUUCUCUAGUGAAAGAAGGCAUUGCACAAAACUCAAAUGGCGGUGUUUUUAUUCCUGAGGGCAAUGGUGAAGUGGAGGUUUCUGGAUCACCUACGGAAAAGGCUAUUCUUAUCUGGGGAAUCAAGCUGGGAAUGAAUUAUGAAGCUGUCAGAACAGAAUCUUCAAUCCUUCAUGUGUUUCCUUUUAGCUCAGAGAAGAAACGAGGUGGUGUUGCAGUAAAACUGCCUGACUCCCAAGUUCACAUCCACUGGAAAGGAGCUGCUGAAAUAGUUUUAGCCUUAUGUACUAGAUUCAUCGAUGCUAAUGAUGAUGUCAAAGCCAUGGAUCAAGAGAAGGUAACAUUUUUCAAGAAAGCUAUUGAUGACAUGGCUGCUAGCAGUCUGCGCUGCGUUGCUAUUGCAUAUAGGUCGUAUGAACUGGACAAGGUUCCAACUGAUGAAGCACAGCUAUCUGUGUGGGCAUUACCUGAGGAUGAACUUGUUUUACUUGCUAUUGUUGGUAUAAAGGAUCCUUGUCGGCCAGGGGUACGUGAUGCAGUGCGACUAUGCCAAAAUGCGGGUGUUAAGGUACGAAUGGUUACAGGUGACAAUCUUCAAACUGCCAAAGCUAUUGCUUUGGAAUGUGGCAUACUUGCUUCAGCUGCGGAAGCCAAAGAGCCAAAUCUUAUUGAAGGCAAAGCUUUUCGUGAUCUUUCUGAUGUUGCAAGAGAAGAAAUGGCUGAGAAAAUUUCGGUAAUGGGACGGUCUUCUCCCAGUGACAAGCUUCUACUUGUACAAGCAUUGAGAAAAAAGGGACACGUUGUUGCGGUGACCGGUGAUGGUACAAAUGAUGCUCCUGCACUACAUGAGGCGGACAUUGGUCUUGCAAUGGGUAUUCAAGGAACCGAGGUUGCAAAAGAGAGCUCAGAUAUAAUUAUCUUGGAUGAUAAUUUUGCUUCGGUUGUAAAGGUUGUUAGAUGGGGGCGAUCCGUCUAUGCAAAUAUUCAGAAAUUCAUCCAGUUUCAGCUUACUGUUAAUGUUGCAGCACUUAUUAUAAAUGUUGUUGCUGCUGUCUCCUCUGGUGAUGUACCACUAAAUGCCGUGCAGCUUCUCUGGGUUAACCUUAUCAUGGAUACUCUUGGAGCAUUAGCAUUGGCUACUGAACCUCCAACUGAUCAUCUGAUGCACAGAACUCCAGUUGGUCGAAGUGAACCUCUUAUCACAAAUAUCAUGUGGAGGAAUUUGCUGCUCCAGGCUCUCUACCAAGUUAGUGUUCUGCUUGUCCUGAAUUUUAAGGGGAAGAGUUUACUGAAUUUGAAACACGAUAAUAGCAACCAUGCUACCAAAGUGAAGAAUACCCUGAUAUUCAAUGCAUUUGUCCUUUGUCAAAUAUUUAAUGAGUUUAAUGCUCGGAAACCAGAUGAGUACAAUAUAUUCAAAGGAAUUACUAAAAACUAUCUUUUUAUGGGAAUAGUCGCAAUAACUCUCGUACUGCAGAUCAUUAUAAUCGAGUUUCUUGGGAAGUUUACUUCGACUGUCAAGCUGAACUGGAAGCAGUGGCUGAUUGCUGCCAUUAUUGGUGUUAUCAGUUGGCCUCUUGCUGUUGUUGGGAAACUGAUACCCGUUCCAAAAACUCCUGUAAGCAUGUACCUUCGUGACUGCGUGGACUUCAUUCGUUGUCGCAGAACAUAAAGAAGUUAGUUCCCGCAGGUGAAGAUCCGGAUAAGAAUUUUUUUCGGUUUCGAUGGUUUUCUCCUUCGUUCCAUUUUUCAUGUGUAUAUUCACACUGAUCUCAAUAUAUUUCUCUGAUUAAUUAGGCAAAUCUAGUGAUAGAAAAACCCCCUUUUAGUGCAUUUGUUUUAUUUGGAGUUGCUAACAAAAAUUAUCGAAUGGGGGUUGAAGGAAAAGUUACUUUAGCUUUUUGUUGCACUGCUUUUUACUAAUGUGCAGUUUUACCACUCAAGAAGAUUGAUUUGUGCUUUUUUGAUUUUCUUUGACGUAGUGGAUAUGUGUGGAGAGAAGUUUGUUUUUUAACAUAGAAAAUGCUAUUUGAACAAAUGCUUGAGGCUUGUAUUAUUUCCUGGUGCUAUAUUUUUCAAGUGAAA